AUGAGCCGACAUCCACCCAAGAGCAUCCCACUUGCCGCCAACAUGUCCUCCCCCGGGCAACCAAACACCGCCACUAUUGCCGCCAUGAAAACCAGAAGUUCUCGAACAAGAUUUUGUGGUGCGUUUGGUGAUUGCAUGACAAAACCUACCAUUGCUUCUUCGCCACCUCGUCAGUCUAACUCUAGACUCGAACUUCAGGUGGAAGAGCUACACAAAGAAGUGAAGAAAGAGAAAGAAUUAAAGUCUAUGUACAAGAUAAGGUUGGAAAGAACACAAGAUUACCUAAAAUACUGUCUACAAGUAGCACAAGACAACGGAUUCUUGAACCUUAUUAUUAACAAAAAAGACAACCCUCAAGAAUCGUCUCCUACUUCCUCAUCUGCCAUCGUUCAAGCUUCUACAAAUCCUCAAACACCACCAAAUAUCCCCAAAAAUACCAAUCUUUUAGCUCUCAUCGAGCAAGCCAAGCUUAACGGAUGGUACAUUGAUCCACAUGAGAUUGAAUUACACAAGAAAGUAGCUCAAGGAAGCACGGCGGAAAUAUACAAAGCAACAUGGAGAGGCCUAGAAGUCGCAGUGAAGUGCAUAUUUCCCGAUUUUUUCAGAUUAAACGAUUGUGGCGUUAGCUUCUUUGCUCAAGAGGUGGAAACCCUGUCAAGACAACGACACACGUACGUACUCCGGCUAAUAGGUGCGUGUCUUGACCCACCGAACCAUGGGUGGGUGGUUACCGAAUUCAUGAACAUGACUUUGAAGGAUUGGCUACAUGGUCCGGGUAAGAGGAGGAAAGAACGUGUCACCCCACUUCCUCCUUUUGAAGAGAGAUUAGCCAAGGCACUAGAGAUUGCUCAAGGGAUGCAGUAUUUACAUGAGCAUAAGCCUAUGAUUAUACAUAGGGAUUUAAAACCUAGUAAUAUAUUUAUGGAUGAUGCGUUUCAUGUGAGAGUUGCGGAUUUUGGGCAUGCACGAUUCUUGUCGGAUGAAGAAAAAGCGUUUACGGGUGAAACGGGUUAG